AUGAUCCAACGAACCUACAACACAAGGUUUCGUCUUUCCAAUUCCAUCCUUUUUUCCUUCUUUGUUUUCUUCUGUUCCGUCAGUCAUCUUUCUUCCACUUCCUCCUUUGCUGCUGCCGCCACUACUACCAACAACGACAAGACUUGUACGGAUCCCACUUGCAAAAUGAGCAAACCAACGCCUUCUCAACUCGUCAAACUUCCUACUUCCGAAGUUGUGGAACUCUUGAGUGGAAUUUACGAACAUUCUGCCUGGGUCGCCGAAACCUUGGUAAAAUCCAGUCCAUUGUUUACGGACAAUAUGACAAAGGAUGGCACAAUUACGGUGUCGCAAUUGGCGCAAGCCAUGAAAGAAAUUGUGGACGGUGCCACUGAGGAAGCCAAACUAAAAUUGCUUCAAUUGCAUCCCGAUUUGGGCGUCAAGGCGGCUACAUUGAAAACACUGACAAAAGAAUCCCAAGAAGAACAGGGCAAGGCGGGAUUGCAAACCAUGACACCCGAACAAUUGACCAAGUUCACAGCUCUGAAUGACCAAUACAAGACAACCUUUGGAUUUCCCUUUAUUCUUGCCGUCCGCAAUGCCAGCAAGGAAACCAUCUUGGCCGCACUGAGUGGAAGGGUGAAUCGACCCCAACAUUCCGAAUUUCAAACGGCCAUUGACCAAGUGCACAAGAUUGCCUGGAUGCGUUUGUUGAGUAAGCUAGAUUGCUCGACCGAUAGUGAGGGAUACUUGACGGUCCACGUCUUGGAUACCGCCAAUGGGAUUCCCGCGGCCAAUAUGAAGAUUACUUUGACCAAAUUGUCGCCUACUGUGGAAGACUUGGGAACCUUUGUCACCAAUCACGAUGGACGAUUGGAUGUGGGUCCUGCCUUGGAGGGUGCGGGACGACGCGCCCGAUUGGGUAGCGAUUCGCUGGAUAUGGAAGUGGGAGUGUACGAGUGGAACUUUUAUGCAGGAGAUUACUUUGCCAGUCAAGGAACCUACGCCAAUGGGACUCCCUUUUUGGAUACCAUUCCCAUUCGAUUUGGCAUUGAUAAUCCUGAUGAUCAUUAUCAUGUUCCAUUGUUGGUCAGUCCCUGGUCCUUUUCGACAUAUCGGGGAAGUUAA